UUUCCCUCCUCAGCUGCAUCAGAAGAAACAUUUCCAGGCCAAACUGACAACAUGCUGUGGAGCCUCUGUGCUGUCAUCACGGCUCUGACAUAUGUUGAUGCAGCCAAAGUUUUGACCCAGACGCCUGCUGUUCACACAGUUUCUACAGGACAACAAGCUGUUCUCAACUGUAACAUUCAGAAAGAUGAAAACUAUUAUGUACUUUGGUACAAACAGGUUCCUGGUGGAACUCCUCAGUUUAUUCUGAGAUUUCACCACAGUCACAGUUCUCCUGACAAAUAUGGAACAGGAUUCUCAUCUGACAGAUUUACCUCUACAGCCACAUCAAAUAUAGAAUACCAGUUUGUUAUAAAGCAAGCAGAUACAGCAGACUCUGCAGUUUAUCACUGUAACACAUGGGAUAAUUCUAC